AUGCCAAAGAUUGGAAAGAACCAUGUUUGGAUGUGCUCCAACUGUGGACAGUCUUCUGAUGAGGAGGAGCAGACAGAGUUAAAUCCGAAGGUUAUUUUCAUUUCUAGAAUUUAA